UUAAUUGUAAUCGAAUUGCAAAUAAUUAUAUUCUAAAUAAAAGCCCCACUAACUGAUUACAACACUGACGGCAGCAGACAUGUCAGAAAGCCCAGCGCCAUCUGUCUCCAAGUCCAGUUUAAAUGAUUUGCGACAAUUUCGCAUAAAUAGAAACGCAGCUGCCUCAGUUUCUAGCCCAGGAAGAACUGAGCGCGUGCCCGGAAAGAAGCGCAUCCAGGUGAUGGCGGACAGUGACAGCGACAGUGCAGACUGUCAGACGCCGAAGAAGCCCAAAUUGCUGUUGACUGUCAAGGAGAAAGAAGAACGCUAUAUGGCAGCCGCUAAAAUAAUGCCCCUAUACGAUACGAUGGCUAUUCAAGAUUCGCUGGCGCGAUCAAAUUGGGACGUGGCAGCGGCAAUACGUUAUCUAAAGGACCACUGCAAGCCAAAAGGUCAGCAUCCCUACGAGAAACCCAAGUUAAAGCACAGCUCAAAUGGCAGUGGGGUAGCCAAAUCACACAGCAAGUCGAGUGGCAACUACUCGGACUGUGAUAACUCGGAUGAUGACGAUGUGAAGCAAUCCAAGGAUCAAGUGUACGACAGUGACGACAGCGACACCGAAAUGUCCACCAAAAUGACUGGACAGCGCAAGAAAGUGUUCCAGUUCAUGAACAGCGGCAGCAUCGUUGAACUCCAAUCGGUGAAGACGCUCUCCGAGAAGAAGGCAGCGUUACUUAUCGAGAUACGGCCAUUCAAAGAUUGGUCCGACCUGCGUCAGAAACUAGAGGCCAAUCGAUUAUCGGCUGAUCUGCUUAACUACGCCCAGGAUCUAAUCAACAAACAGAAUACCGUUGCCAACAUCCUAAGCAAAUGCAACGGCAUGGUACAGCGCCUGGAAACAGCGAUCGCCAACGGUGCCGGCAUUGUGGAUCAGCCACAGAUUCUAGGCACCAAUUUGCAUUUGGCCGACUAUCAAAUAAUUGGCCUGAAUUGGCUGACGGUGAUGCACAAGCAGGAAAUGAAUGGCAUCCUGGCUGAUGAGAUGGGUCUGGGUAAGACCAUACAGGUUAUAGCAUUUCUGGCUUACCUCAAGGAGAACGGCCUGAGCAAGGGGGCGCACUUAAUUGUGGUGCCAUCAUCAACGCUGGACAACUGGGAGGCUGAAAUGGAAAAAUGGUGUCCCAGUCUCGUAGUGGAAAAGUAUCACGGUUCACAGGAUGAGCGGCGAAGAAUGCGUGUACGCUUCGCCAAGGAUGGCUUUACCGGAUUCGAUGUUCUGCUCACCACCUACCAUAUAGUUGGAUCGACGCCCGAGGAGCGAAAGAUGUUCCGCGUUUGCAAGCUGCACUACGUCAUAUUCGAUGAGGCUCACAUGCUGAAGAACAUGACGACUCAACGUUAUAUCAAUCUGAUCACAAUUAAUGCCGAGAUGCGUAUUCUACUGACAGGCACACCGCUACAGAACAAUCUGCUCGAGUUGAUCUCGCUGCUCUGCUUUGUGAUGCCCAAAUUCUUUGCCAAGAGCAUUGAGGACAUCAAAACAUUGUUUGCCAAGAAGAGUAAAACUGACGGCGAUCAAGAAGAGUUUUCUCAGUUCCAAGAAAAUCAAAUUCAUCGCGCCAAACGCAUCAUGAAACCAUUUGUGCUGCGGCGUCUUAAGAAGGAUGUACUUAACAAUUUGCCCAAGAAGACUAGCUAUGUGGAAAAAGUUGCGAUGAGUGCGUCACAGAAGCAAUACUACAACGAUCUGGUUGAAUAUUAUUCCAAUAACAAGGGCGAGAUCUGUGGCAGCAGCGAGCGUGCCGGUGUUGCAAUCAUGAUGGAAAUGCGUCGCAUGGCCAACCAUCCGCUGCUAAUGCGGCAUUAUUUCUCAGAUGAACAAUUGCGGGGCUUCGCCAAGCGACUGGCUCGUGUUAGCUCGUAUAAGAAAACCAAUGAGCAAUACAUAUUCGAGGAGUUGGCGAUUAUGUCCGAUUUUCAGGUCUAUCAACUAUGCAACAAAUACGAACUAUAUGAUGUGAAAAUACCGAACAAUUUAAUAUGUGAUUCUGGCAAGUUUCAGUUUAUGGAUGAUCUGCUGCCCAAACUGAAGGCCGAUGGCCAUCGUGUGCUGCUCUUCAGUCAGUUCACCAUGAUGCUGGACGUUGUGGAGGAGUAUUUGAAGAUACGAAAACAUGGCUUUUGUCGUUUGGACGGCGGCACCGCUGUUAAGGAGCGUCAGGAUCUGAUCACAGACUUCAAUGUCGAUGAUAACAUCUUCGUAUUUCUGUUGUCAACAAAAGCCGGCGGUGUGGGCAUAAAUUUAACCGCAGCGGAUACCUGCAUCAUUCACGACAUUGACUUCAAUCCAUACAAUGACAAGCAAGCCGAGGAUCGCUGCCAUCGCAUGGGUCAGAGUCGUCCAGUGAGUAUUUAUCGUUUAAUAUCGGAGAGCACCAUUGAGGAGGGCAUUCUGAUGGCUGCCGAAGAGAAGCUAAAACUAGAAGAGAAUAUCACGUCCAUUGAGAAGGGAGAGGUGCAUGAGCAGCGCUGUGUAGUCAAAUUGUUAACCAUGGCAUUGGGCCUCGAUCAUGAUGAGGAGGAGCAGCUAAACAACUCAUUGAAUAACUCCUUAGGCACGCCUACAAAAUAGGAUAUUUAAGCAAAUGCACUAAAGCAAUUCACUUUCCAUUUUCCAAACAACACUGUUUAUUAUUUACAGCGUAUCGUUUACUUAUAUAUUAAUUUGUAUACUUAAAUUAUUAGAGAGCAUUUUGCUCAUAUCAUUUUCGUCUACUUAUAAGAAUAAAUAUUGUAUUUAAAUUAUAAAUUAUAAUAUAUUCACAUUGAAGCUGUUUUUGGCUAUGCGAAUUGCGUUUUUCAAACGAAAUUCUUUCAAAUGUUAUCUAAAACGAAUUGGAUAUAAUGACCCAAUGGCAGGAGAUACAUAGGUAAAAAAAAAAAACAUCAAUAAAAGCAUAACAUUUUGAAACCAUUGUAUAAAUCUUGAUUUAACUACUAAUUUAAAGAUCUCUGAAGAGUAUCAACGACAAGUUACCAUUGAGAGUCACCGAACAGUUUUAAGUGAUUCGGACAAUAGGAACAAUUCAACAAUUGUACAAAAAGCAUGUACAACUGACAUUCAUUUGAAUCAUCGAGUUAAACGAAUCAGAAACGCACUCGACAACCCUCAACUGAGCGAACAGCACUUUCUCAUUAUUCUCUCUCUGUGAUUCGCAGUCGCAUUCUCUUUAUCAAUAAUAUACGUGGGAUUAGUUGCAGAGCGGCUCUCUCGCAAAAUGAUUUUCAAGAGCUUUUCGGUGUGGCGGCGAUUCAUCAAGUUUUAGUCUUUAACUGAUCGCUCGCGCCGAUGAUUUAAUUUUUAAGUUAAAACGCUGAUUCUUGUACCACUGAAAGAAAACUGCGUCAAGUGUAGCAGACAAAACGAUACUCACAUUACCUAUACUACCACAUCUACACAUACUUACUUACAUAUCGACAUAUGUGUGUGCUAAUUUACAUAUAUAUAUAUAUACAUAUAUAUAAAUUUGAACAAUUUGCAAUAUCAAUAUAACGAACAAAUCAAGCGCAACGAAACGCCAAUAAUAAAUAAUAAAUGCAGUAAAAAUCGAAAGUUCUAUGUGAAUGAAAA